CCUUUACUACUAAGUAAGCUUUUUGAGCUUUGUUGAUGUCCAGUGAAAGAAUCCAGGAGUCAUGAAUUCGUCGUGCUAAACUACUCUGUAAUUUUCUCGCUUGAGAGUUCAAUUAUGGAGUCAGUGAAGGCGAUGCUACCCAAAGAGGGAAAUUAGGAGAGUAAAACUCGAGAACGGAUCCAUUUAUUUGGAUUUGUUUUUAAUCUUUACACGAUCAAUAUUUCUGGACGGCGACUUUUCAGAUUUACGUGCAACAAUAUGGUGGAUUGCAUUUCACAUUUUUUUCGUCAUCUGCUUUGAAGGACAAUCACAUAGUUUUCUCAAGUUUUGGGACUCCCGUUAAUUUUUUAAUGUGGAUUCAUUAUUCAUUGUGAUCUGUUUCAGCCUCAAUCGGUCCAAUUUCAUCAGCAUUUCUGCCUCAGGAAAGGACCGUGUGAAAAUUACAAGAAGGAAUGCGUGUAGAAAUCAAACCAUGAGUUUAAAAUGAAAUGUUUUGAAUUCUGUUCGUCUAGAAGAUGCUGAAUGACAAUCUAAGAGAGAGAAGAUAUUGAAAAAACCCUUCUUGAAUCAGCUACCAGCCACUGCAGUUACUGCCAUUGCUGCUUUCCAGGAGGCCGCCCUGUUAUCAGAGGAUUGGAACCUCCUGUAGGUUUCAGAAAGCCGUAAACUGUAUAGAUCGAAGCAUGGUUUUUACUCGCACAUCACUAUUUCAUUGUAAAUAUAAUUCUUAAAAUACCGUUUUGCUGUUGUCAGUACCAUCACCUACUGUCAAAAUCCAUCCUAACCCAAUUUAGCGUGGAAAAGCUGCUUCAGGGAUUGUCUCAUCACAGGUUCAAGGUUCAAGAAGAUAGAGAGAGAGAGAGGGGGAAGAGAGAAAGUAACAUAUCAACUUUGGGAGAGGGGAUCGAGAGGCAGAAAGAGAAGUAGUAAGAAGAAAGAAUUGCUUGAACUUGAGGGGUAAAACAGUCCGAAAUGGGGGUACUGUUGAGUUCCCAGAAACACCGUUUUCAUUACUUUGACGUCACAGUCGAUACUGGUGAUCGCAAGGGAUCUGGUACGGAUUCUCACAUCUACAUCGCACUACAUGACGUCGAUGAAAACAGGUCAAUCGACAUCGAACUCAAUCACACACUCCAGGACAACUUUCAACGGGGUUCAACAGAUCACUUUCGGAUAUCUUCUGGAGUCAAAUCGCUUGCCGAUCUCAAAUUCAUCGAGAUUUGGCGCGACACCACCGGGCUCUUCGAUGACUGGUGCUGCGAAAUCAUCACCGUGGUGGACCUCAGGACCAAGAAAAAAUACAUCUUCCCCGUUCAUCGAUGGAUCCUGCCUCAUAAAAUCUUCCAUCUUCAGCAGUACGACAUGGUUCUACCACAGGACGAUGAGAAAGCCGCUCAGCGUAGGGACGAGUUGGAAAUCAGGAAGCGACUUUAUCAGCUUGCUUAUGUUGGAGACCUUCAAAUACCAAGGAUUAAAGACUUUCCGAGUGACGAGGCUUUCUCUGAAGAUUACAAGUGGGACAUUCGAAGCAUCGCUCUCAAAGUCGGGAUCGCAGCAAAAAUCCGAGAAUUCACGACCGAACGAUUUCAAUCCUUGGACGACGUGGAGGACCUCUAUUAUCCACCGAUUCUUCCUAAACCAUGGGCGGUUAACAAUUGGAGGUGUGACAAAGAGUUCGGGUAUAACCGAAUGAAUGGAUGCAACCCGAGUCAUAUCCGACUUUGCAGCCAAAUACCAAAUAGCUUUGCAGUCAGUGAAGACGAUCUAAAGCCAAUACUUGAAGGUCUGACUAUCGAGGAAACGAUAGACAGAAAACGACUUUUUAUCAUCAAUUUCGAGUUCUUACGUGAUUUACCUUGCCAGGAAGGAGCAAAAAUGUGUGCGCCGAAAGCUUUAUUUUUCGUGAACAACGAGAAAUAUCUUAUUCCAGUCGCCAUUCAACUCUUCCCAGAUCCAGCAGAUGAUAAUCCAGUUUUCUACCCUUCUGAUCCGGAAUACACAUGGCUUCUUGCAAAAAUGUAUUUCUGCAACGCCGACGCGAGUGUGCAUCAGGCAGCGUCACAUUUUGGAAUGACGCAUGUCGUAAUGGAGUCCGCUGCCAUAGCAACGCAUCAUUGUUUGUCGCCAUCUCAUCCUAUAUUUCGUCUUCUGGCUCCUCACUUUCUCAACAUCAUCGCAAUCAACAACAAAGGUCUAGACCUCCUCAUGGGUAAGGGUAGCAUAUCGGACACACUAAUGGUUACAGGGAGUGUAGGAGUAUCUGAAAUCAUCAACCGAACCUGGAAAGAAUGGCGUCUUGACCAGCAAGGUUCGUUCUUAAAAGACUUGGAGGAUAGGGGUGUGGAUGACCCGGAUGUGCUUCCUAAUUAUCACUACCGGGACGACGCCCUUCUCAUCCACAAUGCCAUUCGAGAGUAUGCGAGGACAAUCAUCGAGUGUUUCUAUGAUUCACCGGCUAAGAUCGAGGGAGACCAUGAGCUUCAAGAAUGGGGAAGAUUUCUUUCUGGUACGAGCUCAAAGAUGGGAGAAAUCACCGUUAAAAUGAAGGGCGUCCCCAACGAUGGGAACUUUCGAUCAGCGGAAGAUGUUUCAGAAGUCGUGACGGGUUUCAUCUUCAUCUGCAGCGUCACCCACGCAGCCGUUAACUUCGGAAUAUAUGAUCAAUACGCUUUCCCGCCAAGUUAUCCUGGCUGGCUUCAUGGGGAUCCUCCCACGUCAAAGGAACCCGUGAGUGAACAAGACGUGUUCUCUCAGCUCCCAACCAAACAAGACAUUGUUCACUGGAUGACCGUCGCUAAGGUUUUAAGUGAGCGAGGUACCAAACCUCUAGGUGACUUCGAACUACAGUACAUCUACCAUCCUGUUGGACUAGAGGCGUUGAACAAGUUCCGAAAAGACUUGGAGAGAGCAGGAGAUAUUAUUGAUGAGAGGAACAGAACAAGAGAGACUCCAUAUACUUAUCUCCAUCCCAAACAAGUUCCCAACUCAAUCAGCAUUUAGAAUGAACAGAACAAGAGAGACUCCAUAUACUUAUCUGCAUCCCGAACAAGUUCCCAACUCAAUCAGCAUUUAGGCGAGGCAUUCUGGUUUAACUCCAUACACUUAUCUCCAUCCCAAACAAGUUCCCAACUCAAUCAGCAUUUAGGCGAGGCAUUCUGGUUUAUAGCCGUUUCGUCUACAACCAGUUCGUCUACUUCCCAAUUGGUCUAUUCCCAUAUGGUCUACACCCAGCCGGUUUACUACCCAUAUAGUUUAAUAAUCAUUAUGAUACAUUAAUGAUUUUUGUUAAAAGCAUUGUAUAGAUAUUCUCAGAUUCUUCUUUAUUCAAUUUCAAAACUGUAAUAUCAAAUAACAAGAAUGUAAGGUGGGUCAACAAAAAGAAGGAGAAGGGGGUGACAACCCAAGAGUUCAGUUUUAUAUCGCCUUACAACAAGAUGACAUGGGUAAAAUUCUCGCGGAAGGGAUUCGUCUCCCACGAUUGGGACAGGGGAAGAUUGUAUUGAAUACUUGAUAACUUAUGAUUUGUUAUUCUUGAUAUUGAUAUCAACAACAAUUUGUUGGUCUUGUAUUAUGCCGAUAAAAUCACUCAGAACCGAUUUUCUUUUUUUUUUUAAUAAAAAAGGACUCCCCCCAAAAAAACAACAACAACAACAACAACAACAACAACGAUGACCCACUAACUUGUUUUGCUUUGUCAUAGAAUUCCAGAGAUUAUGCCUGAUAAUAAAGACUCUGAUUUUUUACAACGAUA